AUGAAAGGUGAUACAUCUAGUACUACCAACAUCAUUGUUACAAAAUAUGCAGAUUCUAAUGGUGAUAUUAUAAAUGUCGAACCAUCAUUAAAUCAUUUAGAUAGUAAAGAAAAAGUUAUCGAAGUCCAACUGUUAUCUACAAAUUUACAUCACAAAACUAAUUUAUCAGCUUUGCUUAAUGGAACUCUUGAAAAAAAAAAUAUCAAACACAAGGUUGUCGAAGAUGAUGAUAUAAAUAAAUUUUCUCAAAAUAAUAUUAAAAAUAUUAGUAGGAAUAGUGAUGAAAAUAAUUAUAAACAAGAUUUAAACAAAAAUAAUAAUUUAACUUGCAAACCUGAAUUAAAUUUAGAAGAAACUGUAUUGUGUGGAGAAUGUAAUAAACAAUUUGCUUCAAGAACAUUAUUGAAAAAACAUUUGUCAAAUUGCAAGGUUCAUUCAUUAGGAGCUGCUUUAUGUUCAAAGUGCGGUAAACAUUUUUCAUCGAAUUAUAAUUUAAAAAGGCACAUGACUUCUUGUAAACUUUGUCCCGACAAUGAGAAAAGUCCCAGGUACAUGUGUCAAUGUGGAAGAACUUAUUCUCAGGAAUGGGACAUGAAAAAGCAUAAAUUAAAAUGUAAAGAUGCUCAACUUAUUGCGCAUAUGAAAAAAGAUCACAACAUGAUUAUUCAAGAUCCGAAAAUAUUAAAUUUUAAUUCAUUCGAUGAGUUUUUAAUAUGGAAAGAAAAAGAAGAAGAAGAAACAUUUACAUAUUAUUCAAAACAAACCGGUUCAAACGUGAGUGGAGUUUCUGUUAAUACUUAUUAUGUUUGUCAACAUGAUGGAAGUGACAGGACUCAUACAUCGACACCUAGGAAAACGGAAAGAAGAAACAAAAAGGGGAGAAUUAAAACUGGAAGGUUAUGUUGGUCUCAAAUGAAUGUCAAACAAUUUAAAGAUGGAACUGUUAAGGUUACUUAUUUCCCUUCUCAUACUCAUCCUGUUAGUAUUGCUGACACAGAACAUCAUCCACUACCAUCUUCGAUUACGAUGGAAAUCAAAAGAAGAUUUUCAGAGAUUUCAAAAUUAGGUGAGACUGAAGAGUUUUUGCAAGAUGAAAAUCAUGAUUUGAGAAAGGGUAGAAGAAGAAAAUAUGGCAUGUCAAUUAGGACAUUAAGAGCUCUUGCGAGGAAAAAUAGAAGUUUAUUUAGGAUAACGGCAGAAGCAGUGCAGAAACCGGAUGGGAUAAAAAAUUCAUUUGAUUCGAGGCAAAAUUUUCAAUUUCCUUGUUCCAAAGAAAUCACUUCUGCGAAUAAUAAUAAUAAUUUACAAGUAAUUAGUCCGGAAAAUGAAGAAAAUAUCGACGAUCCUGAUGCCAUUCAAAUAUUUAAUGUUCCUAGUGAAAAUGAAACGAGAAAUGUUAACGAUGAACUUUUACAAGACUGUAUUAAUUAUUUAAAUGAUGUUAAGGCACAUCUUUUGUCGGGAAAAUUGCAACAUUCUGUCGUGACUCAAAUUAAAGAAUCUCUAAAAAACCUUUGUGAUAUUUGGAAAAAUGAUACGACCGGAGAUUCGCAAUUGGAAACUGUUAAAAAUGAAAACCUUCCAGAUUGUCAGGAAGUCAUGAUGUACAGACCUCAGUCACCGUUACCAGUCACCGAAAUUUUUCCCCUGCAAGAUGAAGUCAAUACAAGUGUCGAAGUUAAUGAUUUUAAACAUUUGGAUACGUCCGAAAAGGCGGUUUAUCAAAUAAUUGCUGUUGAUAAUGAAGAAAAACAAUCUAACGAUUAUGAAUAUCAUAACACUGUAGAAAUGAUGGGACCCAGAGAAUUUAUUAUAAUAGCCGCCGACAAUACUCAAUUAUUUCAAAGCGUCGAUCCUAACAUUCAAUUUAAUUUAAAUUAA